AUAAUCACUUUUUUAUAUCUAGGGACUUAGAAGAUUUCAAUGGUAAACAGCGGCUCUUUGGCCUGAUACGAAGCAGCCAUAGCCGUCAAUGGUCACCUUCAAACCGAAGCUAGUUGUACCAAUCUUCUUGUCUCCUCUCUCUCAGCGCUUCCCCAAUCUCUUUUCUUCCUCUUUCUCGUCUUCUACUAUAAGCUCACAAGAUGACUUCAACGCUGCUCUCUCUAACGAGGAAUCGUUACUAGCAGGCAAAUUUCACUCCCUAAUCAAAGACCACCACCGCAAAAACCCAAGCCUUACCUUCCCCACCGUUCCGUCUCUAUCACUUGAAUUUUCUCAAAUCUCCACCACCCAUUUCACCCCCAUCUCCCCCUUCGUCGUCCGUCGCGUAAUCGAGAAAUGCCGCGCUGUACGGCACGGCAUCCCUUUCCUCCAGGCCCUUGCCUUCUUCAACUGGGCCACCACUCGGGAUGGAUUCUUCCCCUCUCCCGAACCUUAUAACGAGAUGAUAUCCCUCGCCGGUAAGGUCAGGCAAUUCGAUUUGGUUUGGAAUGUAAUCGAUUCAAUGAAAGCUAGAAAUGUUGAAAUUAGAAUCGAGACCUUUUCAAUUCUUAUUCGCCGCUACGUUAGUGCUGGAUUGGCUGUGGAGGCGGUACACGCGUUUAACCGUAUGGAGGAUUAUAAUUGUAAGCCUGAUAAGAUUGCAUUUUCGAUUUUGAUUAGUAUUCUGUGUAGGAAACGAAGAGCUAGCGAAGCUCAGUCAUUUUUUGAUAGUUUAAAGGAUAAAUUUGAAGCUGAUGUUAUUGUGUACACCAACCUGGUUCGUGGGUGGUGUCGUGCUGGAAAUAUACCAGAAGCCGAGAGGGUGUUCAGGGAAAUGAAAAUGGCUGGAAUUAAGCCCAAUGUGUAUACAUACAGUAUUGUCAUCGAUGCUUUAUGUAGGUGUGGGCAAAUUACUCGUGCUUGUGAUGUUUUUGCAGAGAUGCUUGAUGUGGGCUGUGAACCAAAUUCCAUAACUUUCAAUAAUUUAAUGAGGGUACAUGUUAAAGCUGGCAGGACUGAGAAGGUUUUGCAAGUGUAUAAUCAAAUGAAGAGGAUGGGAUGUUCUCCUGAUACGAUAACAUAUAAUUUUAUUAUACAGACUCAUUGCAGAGAAGAUAAUCUUGAGGAAGCUUUGAAGGUGCUUAAUUCAAUGGUUAAGAAAGGGUGUAGGCCAAAUGCUUCUACUUUUAAUACUUUAUUUGAGUGCAUUGCCAAGUUGGGUGAUGUGAAUGGUGCACACAGGAUGUAUGCUAAGAUGAAGGAGUUGAAGUGUAAGCCCAAUACUGUGACAUACAAUGUCCUAAUGCGAAUGUUUGCUGACUCAAAAUCGACUGACAUGGUUCUGAAGCUGAAGAAGGAAAUGGAUGAGAAUGAUGUUGAACCUAAUGUGAAUACCUACUGUGUUUUGAUUUCAAUGUAUUGUGGAAUGGGGCACUGGAAUAAUGCAUACAAGUUCUUCAGGGAGAUGAUUGAAGAGAAAUGCAUGAAACCAAGUCUGCCAGUUUAUGAGAUGGUCCUGCAGCAACUUAGAAAAGCAGGGCAGUUAAAGAAGCAUGAAGAAUUGGUGGAAGUUAUGGUUGACAGAGGAUUUAUUAGUCGUCCUUUGUAGAAGAAGUUAUGCCUUCUUCACCCAUAAGCUAAAUUAGGCGAUCUUUGUUUCUUUUUGUAGCUUAAUAUUUCUCGUUUAAGGUGUACAUAUUCAUGUUUUGGUGAUUCUAAAGGUUAAGGCUGUAAACUAGAAACAUUGUCCUUUUUCAUCAUGUAGAAGAGGGUUUUAAAUUUAUUCAAUUCGAGAAUGACUAGCUAUGCAUUGAUUAUGAAUAUAUCAACUCUUUCCAGA